AUGACUCUUCAACAGAUUGGCAACAGACUUUCUAACUUGCUUGGCCACCGACUUUGUAACUUGCUUUAUGAAAGAGUGGAGAUAAUCGGUGUUAUUUUAACAUGGCCAUUAAGAAAACUGCAGGCAUCCUUGAUAUAUAUGGUGGACUAUAUGUUCAGUAAAACAGUGUCUACCGUACAGAAGCUGCUAUUUGUGUGGUCUGUUAUUAUUGUGUUGGUUGCGGUUUCGCUGAUGUUGUAUGCAACAUUUUACACAUCAUAUGUGCCUACUGCCGAAAUCUCAAGGCCUGUUCAUUUGGCAUUUAGUGUUUGCUCAUCUGGUGUUGGAAUUUGUUCCUACCCGUCUGCAAAUAUCACAUUCUGGAAUGAGGAUGGAACAGUCCAAGAAGUAUUAGGACCUGGUCAACCAUACACUGUUCAUUUGGUGCUGGAAAUGCCAGAUUCUCAAGCAAAUAGAGAUAUGGGAAUGUUUAUGCUGGUAGUUAAGAUGUACGGCAGAGACGGCCACAUUUCUGCAGCGUCAAAAAGAUCAGCAAUAUUUAGAUACAGAUCCAUCUUUAUACGGGCCGUUCACAUGACUUUGUUAAGUCCUUUGUAUUUCCUGGGCUUCUUGGAGCAAAAGAAAACCUUAACUGCUGAACUGUUCUCACAUUUUGUUGAUGACUAU